AUGCUGGACACGAGGCUCUCAUUUCGGGAGCACCUGAAGUAUGCUCACAAGAGGGCAAGUGAGACGAUAAGGGCACUCUCACGCAUGCUGCUCAACAUUAGAGGCCCGAGGCAGGAAAGGCGUAAGCUUAUCACCAGCGUGGUAAGCUCGCAAAUACUGUAUGCCGCCCCGGUGUGGGCCGAGGCAACGUCUGUGCGGGCUUAUGUGCGGGGCAUCGAGGCCGAUUAUAGGCUUUGUGCGCUACGCACGUCAUGCGCCUUCAGAACGGUGUCGGACGACGCGGCACUCGUGAUCGCCGGUCUCAUUCCGCUAAGGGAACUGGUCCGGGAGAGGUCAGAGCUGGCCGAGACGGCGCAGGCGAAACCACGUCGGCGUCGGCUAGGAAGUUAG